GUCAGUCUGAAUAUUGUUGAAUAUUACAGAAGGGGUAUAAGUCUGAGGUGAUGCGAAAAUCUGGCGCUAGGGGAAUCUGAGGGCUUGGUGGUGUUAUUGGCUGGUCAUUUGAAUGCAAAUCGAGAGGUUUUGAAGUCGUGGCUGACGUCAGGAGGGCUUGGUUAUACCUUUGCCAGCACCACCUUGACAACAGAGUCACAUCAUGUUUGAUUGAAGCACGUCAAGGACUACGUCGCGUGACCUGGAGAUCAUUUUGGACUACCACCCUUGAGAUAAACAGUAAAAGUUUUGAGUCAGGCCUUGUUUUUAAAGUGAUAUUUGGUUUGAUGCAUGGCUGGCAUGUUGCCUUAAAAAAGUUAUUUUAGGGGUUUCUUUCGAAUCAUGUACGUUGGAUACCUUUUGGAUAAGGAGGGAAGCAUGUAUCACCAAGGAGCUGUGCGACGAUCUGGCAUCAGUCUUCCACCACAGAAUUUUGUCUCCACAUCUCAGUAUUCAGAUUUUACAGGAUACCAUCAUGUGCCCAACAUGGACACACACGCGCAGUCAGCGGGGGCAUGGGGCGCUCCUUACGGCGCACCGAGAGAGGACUGGGGCGCCUACAGCCUCGGACCUCCAAACACCAUUUCUGCACCUAUGAGCAAUUCAUCCCCGGGACAAGUUUCCUACUGCUCGCCUGAUUAUAAUGCCAUGCACGGCCCUGGAUCAGCAGUGCUGCCUCCACCACCUGAAAACAUUUCUGUGGCCCAACUUUCCCCUGAGAGAGAAAGGCGUAAUUCAUACCAGUGGAUGAGCAAAACCGUCCAGUCGUCAUCAACCGGCAAAACAAGAACGAAGGAGAAAUAUCGAGUGGUAUACACAGACCACCAGAGACUGGAGCUGGAGAAAGAGUUUCAUUUUAAUCGCUACAUCACAAUCAGAAGAAAAUCCGAACUGGCAGUAAACCUCGGGCUUUCAGAGAGACAGGUAAAGAUUUGGUUUCAGAACCGCAGAGCCAAGGAAAGGAAAUUAAUCAAAAAGAAAAUGGGUCAGUCUGACGGGAGCGGAGGAUCAGUCCACAGCGAUCCAGGUUCUGUCAGUCCCCUACCGGUACCAGGGUCGCUGAGUCCAUCAGAUAUACACGGUUCUCUGUACCCACCCCCAGGAAUGAACGCCUUACCAUCAAUGAGGAACAUACAGCAAGUUACUGUCACUCAGUGAACUCGAACUUGGAACGUCCAACUUUAACUGAGCACUCCAACACGCUGAAAGGACAGAACCGAAGCGGACCACUCACGUGGUCAAAAAGGAUUAACUAUUACGUGACGAGCAUCAAGGCGCGUGUUGUGGAUUACAACAGAAA